AUGCCAAAGAAGGCCAGGUCCAAGAACUUAGCAAGGAGGAGGAAAUGUUCCGGAUCAAAAGAAGGUGGUGAACCAGCAAAAAAGAAGAAAAAAGAACAAGGUGUCCUGAAACCACCACAAAAAAUGAGUUCAACCAUCCAUGAACAACCGCCGCUCGAAGAGCCAAGUGACCUAGCGACAACAGCAGUACAGGAAGAUGGUGCCCCUGUCAAUGAAUUGGAAUUUGAGGAUGUUGCCUUAGGAGAUAUUCCUCCAAAGGGUCUACUUGAUAAUCCCAAUAUCAGACGUAAGCAAAUCAAAUCCAAGAGGAUCUGCAUCGAAUAUAUUUUCAUCAAUGUUCAUCCUGCUCCCCCAAGGGAGGAAUGGUCUGGCAAAAACGGAGUUUCUGCUCAAAUCAAGAAAGCCCUAGCAAUUCCUGAAGGGACUUGUAUCAAGAAAGAACUAGAAGAUAUUAUGACUUGCCUGGAACAAGGUAUUGAGUACGACCCUUCUGUGAGGCCUGGUCGGGGUUGCCAAGCAGUGGUCAAGCGUGGCUCUGUAGUGGAGCAAACAAUUGCAAACCUGGUGGAGACUGGCUCAUCAAUUGAGGAAGCAACAAAUCUAUUGAAUGAAGAAUUGAAAGAGGAACAUGCCACCAACAACUGCGAUUCACCUCUUGUUCUAUACAGUUCAAUGACGGGUAGACGAGAAUUCUCCUUGGGCACAAGCAAGAUUGGGAUGGGCAACACAACUACUGAUAAAACUUGGUCUACUGGAGGAGGAUCUGACCAAGGAUUACUACACAAAAGUUUAGAGAUCUCACAAAUCGUCUUCUGGGAUGAAACUCAUACCAAGUGUGUCAUUGGAGCAGGUGCAGGAAGAGAUUUUGUGUUUGUAUUCCCAAGAGAUAGCAAUGGAAAUCUGAAUCCAGAUGGCGGGACCUACACUGACACAAAAUUCAAGCGUCUGAAAGUGAAGUAUGAGAAGGAAGUCCGUUUGUGUCUUGGGUGUGCUGCAGUGCAGAUCAAUGGCCAAGAUGAAUAUGUUGGCAAGAGGUGUGUACCCUUUGACUACUCUGGGAAGACAAUACUAUCCAUCAGUGACUACAAAUCAAAAUGCCAGGCUGAGAUUCAAAGGGUAAGAGCGCUGAAAGGUGAAGUUCCUCCUUGGUACUUGAAAACUCGAGUCAAGGACAAGUGCUAUCGCAAUGACACUGUCAGGAUUGGUUUGAAACGUGUUGGUAAAGUACUCCAGGAGCAAUUUCAAAUGAUCAACAUAUUCACCAUCCAAGAUCUGAUCAAAACUGAAGGAUCAUUUGCUGAUCGUCGCAAUCCUUGUCCUCCUGGCUGCAAGUUGAGGGUGAUGGCAAAGAGGUAG